GCAAACAGCUGAUUGUGUAGUUUGUUUUCUUGCUUGUGUGCUCGCUGCUGCUGUCGAUGGUGGAUUUUAGUAUUUUAUUCACAUUGAAUUGCAGUUAUUUAUAGUGAAAUGUUAAUUAAAAUACAGUUUAUUGUUUAAAGUGAAGUGUAAAAGUGGAGUAUGUUAAGAAAAGUUCCGUUAAUUGUGAUACUAGGCUCCACUGGUACGGGGAAAACAAAGUUGUCACUGGAAUUGGCACAGCGUUUCGGCGGCGAAAUAAUCAGCGCUGAUUCGAUGCAGGUGUACGCUAAUCUGGACAUAGCUACUGCCAAAGCUACGAAGGAAGAACAAUCUCGAGCUAAGCAUCAUCUUUUAGAUGUAGCCACCCCCAAUGAACCAUUCACAGUUGUGCAUUUUCGUAAUGCUGCGUUGCCAAUUGUAUCCUUUUUGAAAAGCUUUACAAACCAAGUUUGUCUUUAUUGGAUUGUCUUACGAUUUUAUUUUUUAUGCGAUCCGCACUCCUCACGCAUCACAGUUUUCUUCAACUACUACUACUUCGGUCGCCUCAGCACGACUCAACUAACGAACGCCACUGCAAAGGACGAAGUCGUGUUUGUUCAUGAACUGCAUGCGGGUGUGCUGCAUUGUGUUUUUUUCUUGUGA